UCUUUGAUAAAUUUAUUAGGUUGGUAUCACUGUCUUCAUUCAAUUUCAAACGGUUUUCGAAUGUGUAGUGUUUUAUGGCGUUUGUCAAAUUCGUAAAAGUUUCGUGAAAGUGGAGUCUUCUGAGCAAUUAUGUCAAUUUUUAAUGAAUUGCUACCUAAACUCAAUGAGAUAUCAAAUACUAUUGCUAAUAAUUUCAAUGACGACCUGAAGGCUGUAUUUGAGUGUUUGGAUAAGUUUGAAGAGGAAUAUCAAAAUGGCAGAGGAAGAACGCGGGAGAAGGCGCAAAAAGAUAAAAUGACGACCCUUCAAAGUAUCAAUGAGGAUGAUGAUGAACUGAAUAAGAAAACUGAGACAGUGUUAUCAGUUGACAUAUCUAAAAGUGAAUCAGUCACCCGCAGCUCAUUAGAAAGUAAUAAUAAUGAGAAACCAAGAAGAGUAUCAAAGAAACGCAGCAAACAUGAAAUGGAUGACAUAUCAAGUCCAGAACAGGACAAACGUCAAAAGAGGAAUGCAUCUGUAAAAGCUCAGAGCAUUAUCAGCAAACAGGUAAAUGUAAACUUAAACCAAAAACUACGCAGAGAUGUCCCCAAUGAAACAUCUAAAGGCAACAGGAAAAAGGAUGAAGAAAACAAAGAGAAUACAGAACCAGUGACGCCAGUCCAAAGUUAGUAUCUUUUUAUUAUGUUAUAUAAUAAGUAUUCUGAUUGGAUAGUGUAA